CGGCGACAUCAAACUUGGAUUUUGGCGCUACGAGAUGGAGCCAGACGGCGAUCAUGUGCUGCUCGAGCCGUGGAAUUAUAUCCGGGGUAUGCCGCAAAAGAACGUCCGUGCGAUCUUGGUUGAUGCGUUUCAGUUGUGGCUCCAAAUUCCUCCGGACAACAUCACGACGAUCAAGGAAAUCAUCGGAAGUCUGCAUGAUGCGUCGUUGCUGAUUGACGAUAUUGAAGACAACUCAGAGCUGCGGCGUGGUCUACCCGUGGCGCAUGCAAUCUACGGCGUCCCGCUGACGAUCAACUGUGCAAACUUCGUGUUCUUUGUUGCACUCCAGAAAUGCCAUUCGCUGCAAAACGCACGAGCGAUGGACGUCUACAUCAGUGAAAUGAUACACUUGCAUCGGGGUCAGGGUCAGGACAUUCUCUGGCGCGAUACAGCAACUUGUCCGAGCGAAGAAGCGUACAAGGCCAUGGUGAUCAACAAAACGGGCGGUCUCUUUCGACUGGCGGUGGGCCUCAUGCAAGCCUUUAGCACGAAUGACCAAGACUAUGUGCCGCUCGUGAACGAACUGGGGCUGUACUUUCAAAUCCGAGACGACUACAUCAACUUGGUCGACGACGCUUACAUGGAAGGCAAGAGCUUUUGCGAAGACUUGACCGAGGGCAAGUUUUCGUUCCCGCUCAUCUUUGCCAUCCACGCCAACACACACGACACGCGACUCAUGAACAUCCUCAAGCAGCGAACGACCAACGUCAAGAUCAAACAGCACGCCGUCGAGUACAUGGCCCAAGUUGGCGCGUUCUCCCACACCAAGGCAUUCUUGGACGCCUUGUACCAAAGCAUUCUCGACAAGAUCAAUGCUCUAGGUGGAAACUCGGUUCUGGUCGGCCUGGUGCAGAAGCUCCACAGAUCACUUAAGUGAGAGCUCCCUCGAUCGAUCUAGAAUCGACUUGCAUACCAAAGUCAACGACAUCGAUGCACUCGAUACAUGUCAACGUAUUCGUCGCCGAGAUGAAGGGCCGGCGGCCACAGGUCGACGACAUGCCCCCUUCCGACACACAACACCAACCGACACGUUGAAUCUACCGAGUCGGGACGAGGCACAAGUAGUAGUCGUCUUGAUGGUACAUACUUUACAUCUACGCAAC